AUGGAAGGAAAUGGAAGCAAUGUUCUCCUAGGGGUUACCGGUAGUGUCGCAGCUAUAAAGGCGGUGGAGUUGGUCUCAUGUCUCAUGCAAUCGAACUUCAAUGUGAAGGUCGUUGCUACGACAAACGCGUGUCGGUUUUUCGAGAAAUCACAAAUCGGAGUUCCGGUUUAUACCGACGCAGAUGAGUAUGCCUGUUGGAAGAAUCGCGGCGACCCAGUCUUCCACGUUCAGUUAAGGGACUGGGCCGAUAUUUUCCUCAUUGCCCCUUUAUCUGCGAACACACUAGCCAAAAUUGCUGGAGGAUUUUGUGACAACCUGCUCACCUGUAUAGCCCGUGCAUGGCACUUUGACGAAACAACGAAUCACCGGAGGAAAGUCGGCAUCUUCGCCCCUGCGAUGAAUACCUCCAUGUGGGAAAAUCCCUUAACCUCAAGUCAGCCGGCGCAUCUCCAAUGGAGUUCCCAUAGUUCUCCGAAGUUCCAGCGGCUUCAAUACUCUUUAUGA